AUGUCUCUCUCCGCACGAACAGCGACAAUCUCUCGCUCCACAAACGAGACAAAAAUCCAAAUUUCCCUCUCCCUCGACGGCGGCGUCCUCCCUCCUUACGAACCAUCAACCCACUUCCCCGCCCCAACAGACCCCCAAGAAGCCGAAGCCGCAAAGAAGGGCAUUGUUCCCCCCAAGGACGCCGGCCAUGCCACUCAAUUCACCCCCACCCAGCAAAUCACCAUCAGCACCGGCAUUGGCUUCCUGGACCACAUGCUGCACGCGCUCGCCAAGCACGGCGGUAUGAGUUUGGCAGUUCGCGCCAAGGGUGAUUUGUACAUCGAUGACCACCACACAACAGAAGAUACCUUCCUCGCCCUCGGCGAAGCCUUCACUCAAGCCCUCGGCGCCCGCCAAUCCCUCGAGCGCUUCGGCCGCGGCGACGCACCCCUCGACGAAGCCCUCUCCUGGGCCGUCAUUGACCUCUCCAGUCGUCCGUGGGCGGUCAUCAACCUAGGGUUCAAACGGGAGAAGAUUGGGGAUCUGAGCACGGAGAUGAUCACGCAUGGAUUGCAGAGCUUUGCGCAGGCGGCGGGUGUGACGUUGCAUGUUGGGUGCACUUAUGGUGAUAAUGAUCAUCAUCGGGCGGAGAGUGCAUUCAAGGCUCUUGCUGUUGCUAUCAGACAUGCCUGCAAGCGGAGGGUUGCGGGUGAUGUUGGAGCUGGGGAUGUGGUUAGUACUAAGGGUGUUUUGUAG